AUGUUAUCAUGGUUGACAAAACGACAUAAUCGAUUGUCUUUUCUUCUUCAUCAUUUAUUUAAAAAAAUGCAUCUAUUCAAUAAAUUACGAACAAGUUUUCGACGAAAAUCAAAUAAAUCUGAAUUAACAAUAUCUCAACAAAUUGAAAAAUUAUUUAAUGAAUCAAAUAGAUUAUUAGUAGUUAAUGAUCAUCGUUUACAAUUACUUCGUCUAGUUUAUGAAUAUCGAUUACGAGAAUUUAAUACAUUGAAUAUUUCAUUCAAUGAUAUAAAACGUAUUGAAUUUGAACAGUCGAUGUUGAGAAGUCUUCUUGCAAUUACAUCAAAUUUACCUACAUCAAAAUCACAAUCCACUUUUCAACGAUCAUCAUGUUUUUACAGAACAAUGCCAAUAGCGACCUCUAUUAAUAUAUUAAAAGAAAAUAAUUGA